UUCACAGUUAAUGUGGGCAACCACGCCUAUAAAUAAUAAGGAAGAGGUGGUAAGAAUGUCAGCAAGUUAUUUCCAUUGAAUAAUCACAUCCAUGGCUUCCUCUCAGCUAAUGGCUGAUGACGUUGUGUUGGAGGCUCAAGAUCAAGUUAAACAGCAAGAGCCAAAAUGGAAAGGCAAAGCCAGUGAAGAAAUGGCAGGAGUAAAAGCAGAACUAAUAUGGCCCUUCUUAGAGGAUUUCUUCGGGCUACACAAAUGGUUCCCAACGCUAACCACAUGCAUGCCGGUUGAAGACAGCUCUGUGCAGCCGGGCUGCGUGCGUUAUUGUGCAGGAUUCAGAACCCCAGUUGACAAAGACGACGAUGGAAAAGAAACUGUAAACUGGACGAAGCAGAAGCUACUGUCUAUUGAUCCAGCAAAAAUGACACUUACUUAUUCCAUUAUAGAUGGAAAUGUUGGGUUCAACCAGUAUGUAUCUACAGUGACAGUGGUGAAAAAGGAAGAAGAAGGGUGUAGGAUUGAGUGGGAGUAUGAAGUUGAACCAGUGAAAGUAAAAGGGUGGACACUUGAGCAUUUGGAUUACUUCAUUAGCACUGGUUUGAAAGUCAUGGCUGAGAGGAUGAAAGAAGCCCUUCAAGUUUGAGUUUAAAGUGUCCUUCAACAUUCUUGCCACCGUUGUUGCAAGUAAUUGUUGAUUUGUUGUUGUUUCGUUUUAUGAUUCCUAAUAUGCUGUUAACUUUAUUAAGCCUAUUGUUUUGAGUGAAUCAGUGUGUUUUCUUUUU